GUCAAUUUCUUUAAAGAUGAAUAGCGAGGAAUCGGUGCUUACUGGAGUCAGGGAGCAUGACUACCGCUCGAUCAAUGAAGAGGUGGAAUCUGACCGUCUUGGGUUUGUUCAAGAACUCAAAUUGGUGAUUUGCUCAUCGGGGAUUCUUUCAAUAUCGUUUUUCCUUCAGUAUUUUAUUUCGGUGAUGGCUAUUUAUUCUGCUGGUAGACUUGGUCCAUCUCAAUUGGCUGCGGUUCAAUUGGCUGUGUCCACAUUCAAUGUCACCGGGAAUGCAAUUUAUCAGGGAGUUGCUACUUCUCUAGAUGCUUUUUGUUCUAGAGCUUAUGGACAAAAAAAAUAUCACGAUGUUGGUAAUUAUUUCCAGAAAUGUGCAUGUUUAAUGCUUUGUUUAACCGUUCCUUUGUCUUGUGUUUGGAUCAAUUCUGGCUUUUUGUUAUCUAAGAUUAUUUCCGACACUGAGUUGGUGUAUAGAUGUCAAAGCUAUCUUCGUAUAAUUACCUUUGGUGCCCCGGGUCUCUUAUUGUUUGAAGCUGGGAAAAGAUUUUUACUUUGCCAACGUAUAGUCCAUUCUAUCACUUACAUUUUAUCAUUUGUUGUGGUUGUUAAUCUAAUUGGGAAUUACUUUUUAGUAUGGAACCCAAAGACUAGUAUUGGCUUUCUUGGUAUUCCAAUCGUGGUUGUAAUCCUGUAUUGGUCGUUACCUAUAUUCACUUUACUUUACGUGAUUUUCAAAGAUGGUAAGCAAUGUUGGGGUGGGUUUUCUUUAAAAAUUUGUUUUUCAAAUUGGUUCCCACUAAUGAAAUUAGCCAUUCCAGGAAUUAUAAUGGUUGAAGCUGAAUAUUUGGCCUUCCAAGCCCUUAAUUUUUUUGCUGCUUCUUUUGGUACUACUGCCUUGGCUGCUCAGUCCAUUUGCUCUACAAUGGGAUCGUUAAUAUUCCAAGUCAAUUUUUCUGUUUCUGUCUUGAUAAGUACCCGUAUUGGACAUUUCAUUGGUAGUAGGGAUUUUAGGGGAGCAGAUAUAUUAAUUCGUAUUGCUUUGAUCCUAGCUUCAGUAAUUGGUUGUUCUAGUUUUUUUUUCAUUAUAAUUGGUCGUCAUAUCUUGGCCGGAUUUUUCACUCAAGACGAAAAACUAUUAGAAAAAGCAUCAAAGCUUCUUAUUUACUUAGCUUUUAAUCAAUUUGCUGAUUCCUUUAACGUCAUUUGUGGAGGCAUAUUGAGAGGGCAAGGACGCCAAAACAUAGGGUCUAUCAUAAACUUGGUUUGCUACUACUUGAUAGCUUUACCAAUCGGAUACUGGUUUGCAUUCCAUCAAAAUAUGAAAGUGUUUGGGUUAUGGUAUGGCUUGGUCUUGGGUGUUUUUGUUUUGAGUGUAUUACAAGUAUUCCACAUUUUGAGAAGCGACUGGAACUUGAUCGCUAAAAACCUUCAGGAGAAAUCUAGAACAUAGAGUAUUUAGUUUUGUUUACUUUCAUGUACC